UGCGGCCCACUGACUGGGAACCCGAAACUGUUGCUCCGCCGCCGCCGAUUGUCGACUAUACGACGAGUAUCUAUCUUAAACUUGCGAUUGCGUCAUAAUUUUCUUCCCCCACUGAAGGCCAAAGCGAUUUCAGUGACCGACGCUAAUCAGUCGGUAAUCACUUCAUUCGUUUCCCGUACGCACUGUGCACCCGUCGCCAUUCCGUCGAGUUCCCUCAAAACUUCUGCGUCAGUCUCUGAAAGUCUGAAAUCGUAACAGCGUCGUGCCCGAACCUCACCGUUCAACAGCAUGUGUAAGCCGAAGAAGUCCGAGAGACGCGUGGUGGCCGCCGAAUCGAUUUUCCGUUCAUUCGUCAUAUCUAAGAAACUUGAAUCAAGUGAAGUCAUAUUUCAGAAACCCGUGAACAUCACUGAUAUCCAUAUUCUUUCACCAUCAAUGUUUUCGCCCACUCCCAACGGAGGAAUCAUUCCUGGAUUAACCGAACCUGGAAAAAUCCAGAUUACAUUUCAAUGCAACAACGUGGAUGAAGAAUCUGCUUCGGCAAAUGUGGAUUUGGGCGAACUCAACUACGAGGAAAAUAUAAAUACAAAAUUGCUGUGUGAUAAUGAGAUAUGGACAAACAGAUUGAUUGUGCAAGGAAAAUUCUUGGUAUUAACCAUUGUUGUUUAUGGAACAGUCAAUGAUCUUAAAGCUGAGUCUACACAAAAGAAAGAUCCAUCAACCAUCACCAUUCCACCUAUUUUUGACGGUCCUAUUGAUAUGACUGGCGUUGAAUAUAUUCCUGACAGCGUUAUGGAGCGCAUCGAUGCUGAAGUCGAACAUGAAUUUGAUAAACUUUCCGGUGUUCAUCAAAAUAAUCACUAAACUUACUUUUUCCGUUUGAUUUCAAAAUUUUCAUAGUUAUUAUUACUACUUUUUUUAUUUCAAUGACAUUUCUGACUAAUUGCAUUUUAUAAUUUUUUUGUUUACUGAAUCAUAAAUAAAUAUUAGGAUAGAGAAGUUAUUAGUAUCAGGUGAGUUUUUGUUGGUAUCUGCGGAUUGCGAUUUAUAACCAUUAUAAAAUUUGACGUUUGAUAUUAUUAUAAUUUUCUAUUAAUUUAUACUUCAUAACUAAAUUAGAUAUAUAACAUUUUUAUGAUUUUUUUGUGUAUAUUUCGUAAUUCCUGAUUGUUAAUGGUUAUCUGAUCUAUAAGAUUCUAACUAUCUAACUAUUUAUUAUUUAUUAUUAACUAUUAUAGUUUGGAAUAUUUAAAUAACUAUUGAUUGUAUAAUUACAAAAAUAUGGACUGUUUAUUUUAUUAAUAAUUAUAUAUUUAUAUAUAUUAUAUUACGAUUAUAAUUGGGUUGUUGUUUAAGUAAAUAUUAGGUGAAUUAAAUCUCAUUUACACAAAUUUAAAAGAGUUGAAUAUGUAUAACGAAGUUAAAAUUAAAUAUUUUAUUUCAAUUACUUAUACAUAGGUAAUUUAGUUUUUGUAACUUAUAAAUAGUUAUGAGUAAUCUUGAUAAAGAUAAUUUGGAUUUAGAACUUUUAAUACAUAUUUCUAAAGCAACUUUUAUUACUUUUAUAAAUCAUUUUCUAUGUAAUUUAUAACACGUUUUGUUUAGGUUACUAUGAUGAACAUUCAUUUAGAAUAAUAUUAGUAAAUUACAAUGGAUAGUUUUUUAAAUGUACUAAAAAUUGUUUACAAAUGUUUAAAAUGACUAAAUGUAACAAUUUUUAAGCGAUUUAUAACUAAAAAAUGUUAAAAUGAUUUUCAAAAAGAACUAUUUUAAUAUUUGUUUAGAUAAAAAAAGUGCUUGAAAUUAAAAUAUACACAAAUAUUAUAUAAUAA